UGUAAUCCUGAAGUGCGCACCUGGAGGGAACAUGGUGCACAUGAUGUUGAGAGAAAUGAAUUGAAACAUGAUUUGCAUUAUGCAAAAAGGGGAUUCAGAAUUGCUUUAAAAACAGUCAUGUUAAUCUCUCCCUGUGGAGCUUUGUGAAUUACGGUGCAGCUAUCUCACUGCCAUAGAGAAGCAAGGACUUAAGCAAACAGUCCACCAUUACCUGAGGGCAGCAAAUGUCUGACGCUGUGGAGCAUGAUGGCCAAAGAAGAUACUGAAUCUGGCUUAACAUGGGAAGUGAAGGCAAACAGCCGUCACCACCAUAAACACAAGCAGAAAAAAUCUUUCCUGUGCUUCACCUGGGGACGAUACUCAGACAAUGUGGUGCGCAGCUACAAGUACUCCCCCCUGACUUUCUUGCCCCUGACACUAUAUGAGCAGUUCCAGCGUGCUGCUAAUGUCUACUUCCUCCUCAUGGUGGUGUUGCAGUGUGUCCCUGCCAUCUCCUCCAUACCUUGGUACAUCACCGUCAUUCCACUCUUCAUCGUGCUUUCUGUGAGGGGACUCAAAGAUCUAGUCAGUGACAUGGCAAGGCGACGCUCUGACUCAGAGAUUAACUCCCGACCCUGUGACAUACUCAUCUCCCAGAGUUUUAAAACAGCACAGUGGAAAGAUCUGUGUGUUGGAGAUGUGCUGCGGAUCCACAAAGACCAAGUCAUCCCUGCUGAUCUUCUUCUGCUUUCCACUUCAGAGCCUCAUAGUUUGUGUUAUGUGGAGACGGCUGAUAUCGAUGGUGAGACCAACCUUAAGUACCGGCAGGCACUAAAAGCAACACACAAUGAGCUGACCUCUCACCCCUCAGAGGAGGCCCUUGGAGCCUUUAAUGGUGUUUUGCUCUGCGAGGAGCCCAACAAUCGUCUGUACACUUUCAGAGGGCAGCUUCAUUGGCAAGGAGAGUGCUUCUUCCUGGACAACGAGCAUAUCCUCCUGAGGGGAACAGUCCUACGCAACACCGAUUUUGCUUACGGCCUGACUAUAUACACUGGCGCAGACACAAAGAUCCUGAGAAACUGUGGGAAACUCAGAGUGAAAAGGACACAACUGGAGGGAGUUUUCAACUACGUUGUGAUUGGGAUUGUGCUGUCGGUUCUGCUCGCUGCUCUACUCCUUGCCAUUGGUGGUGGAGUGUUUUCAUAUCAGGUCAUGAGCAAAACACAGGUCUUCUCAGCACUGGUCGUCGACAGCAACCCAGGAUACACUGGAUUUCUUGUCUACUGGAGCUACAUCAUCCUUCUAAGCCCGGCGAUGCCCAUUGCACUCUAUAUCACGUUUGAGGUGAUACAUACAAUUCACAGCAAUUUUAUUGGCUGGGAUUUAGAGAUGUAUUGGCAGAAGGCGGACCGACCUGUCGAGGUGAGGAAUACCUCUCUAAGUGAGGAGCUCGGCCAAGUAGGUUACUUGCUGAGUGACAAAACCGGAACAUUAACCCAGAAUCGCCUGCUCCUCAGACAGUGCUGCAUCGCUGGAACAAUCUAUGGUGACGCCUCAGUCAGAGCAGAGGAUGUAAAGCCCAUAGAUUUGAGUUGGAACCCCUUCUCCUGUGGCGGACUGCACAUGUUCUGUCCCACACUUGUGGAGAAGCUCAGAGGACAGCAGUGUCCAAUCACCACACAGUUUCUAUCGGCAUUGGCUCUGUGUCAUACCGUCAUGGCAGAGUGGAAGGAGGAGUCCCCAGUAUACCAGGCUGCAUCACCGGAUGAGGAAACUCUUGUUGGAGCUGCAAGGGAGCUUGGUUGGGUCUUUCUUUCCAGAACAAGAGACUUUGUUGUUAUCUCAGAGCUGGGUGUCUCUCGACAAUACCAGCUGCUGGCGUUGCUGGAUUUUACCAGCAAAAGGAGAAGGAUGUCUGUCCUUGUACGUGAACCAGAGGGUGGAAUAAAACUGUAUUGUAAAGGAGCAGACAUAGUGAUACUGGAGAGACUUGCAAAGAACUGCCCAAACCAGGAAAGCACUGAGAAAGCAUUAGAGCUGUUUGCUGAGGCCUGUCUGAGGACGCUGUGUGUUGCGGUUCGAUCCAUUCCCGAGGCGUUGUGGGAGAAGUGGAGUAAGACUCUGGCUCUGUCUGCUGCCAUGGCGACCUGCGAGCGUGACAUCCUGCUGGAGAAGCUGUAUGAUGAGAUGGAGAGAGAUCUACUGCUUCUGGGGGUCACAGCCAUAGAGGACAGACUCCAAGAAGGAGUUCCUGAGACAAUUGCUCUUCUUCAAGAGGCCGGGAUCAAGGUAUGGGUGCUGACAGGAGACAAAAAAGAAACUGCAGUUAAUAUUGGGUACUCCUGCAAACUACUGGAUCCUGAUAGCAGAUUACUAGAGUGGCAAGAAUUGAGGCAGAUCCUCCAGUCUGCAGACCCACAGGUCAGCUUCUUCAAAGCCAAGCAGACAGAGCUGUGGGCUACACACAAGGAGAUGGCAAGAGCAAAAACUUCUGUUGUCCUCACCGGAUCUGAACUGGCAGAGUUUGAGGAGAGACCAGAAUGGGGGGCCUCCUUCAUGAGUGUGGCAGAACAGUGUCAAUCAGUGCUGUGUUGCAGAGUGACGCCUGCUCAGAAAGCUGAUAUAGUAAAGUUGGUCAAGAAGCACACCAGCUCAAUCACCAUGUCCAUUGGUGAUGGUGCUAAUGACGUCAACAUGAUCAAGACGGCUCACAUUGGAGUGGGGCUGGCUGGUGUGGAGGGAGGUCAGGCAGUACAGAACGCAGACUUUGCAGUGUCCCAAUUUAGGUUUUUACAAAGGCUGCUGCUGAUCCACGGACGCUGGUCCUAUCGCCGCAUUUCCCUCUUCCUUUGCUACUUCCUGUUUAAGACCUGUGGUUUUGCUCUUGUGCACAUUUGGUUUGGGAUCUUCAAUGGCUUCAGUGCUCAGUCUCUGUAUGAGACAUGGUUCAUCGCACUCUACACUGUCUUUUACACGGCAACGCCAGUGAUGUGCAUGGCCAUUUUUGAACAGGAUGUGAGUGCAGAGUGCAGCCUGAAAUAUCCCGAGCUGUACAAGAGUGGACAGAGGAAGGAGUUGUCCAGUCCUAGAAAGCUAAUCAUGCAUCUCCUAUAUGCUGUCUACACGUCGCUUGUUCUCUUUUUCAUCCCAUGUGGAGUUUUCUACAACACAGCUUAUGAUUACCAGACCAUGGCUGUUACGGUUGCAAUGGCUGCCACCUUCAUUGCCACAAUUGAGAUUGUUAUGGUGACCAAAUACUGGACAAAGUUCAGUAUUGCAGCUGUUUGCGUCUCAGUGGUUCUGUUCUUUAUCUGUACUAGAAUCACUCACAGCACUCGGCUUUUUCAGAGCUCGCCUGCUGACUAUUACUUCCUUGGUGUGUCUGAAAAGGCCUUCAUUGAUCCGGUUGUGUGGCUCACAGCUUUUCUCACAACUUGGACUGCUGUUCUGCCCUCGGUCACGGCUCACGCCCUCAAUGUCAUUCUCACUGUGCACAAUAAACACAAGAUACACAGCUCAUCCCCUCCUCCAGUGGAGUUAAGGUCAAAGUUCAGUAGAGGGUCAUCACUCCGCCGGUCAUCAUAUGCCAUUUCCCAGGGUGCCGGGCCUGGGCGCCUCAUUAAAUCCGCAACUUCCAUUCGAAAUACAGAGACGUUAAAAGAUGAGAAGGUGAAUAUCAGUAAAAAGCCAUCUGAUAUUUAAGGGCAUCUAAGAACAAGCAGUCUACCCUCUGCUUUGGCAAAGUGCUUUAUUUAGCUUUUUUAGGCAGAUAGAGCCCAGAUAGCUGUUUCCUGAGACCAAGAAAUCUUAAGGGCUAUGUGGUGCCCCACAAAGUUGGCAGGAGGGUCAUUGUUUCUGCUAAAUAAACCCAGGGGAAGGUUUUGAUUAGAAAAUGCUGAAUUUUGAAUAGACUUGGUGAUGCUACAUUGACAUGUGCUGCAUGAUUUGUAUCUGACUGCUACAGUAACAGUACAGAAACAAAGUCCAGUUGAUUGUUUUUUUUGUUUUUGUUCUUUUAGGAAUUGUGCAAUGAAAUGAAAAUCCUAUACUGACUAUGCAUCUAUUUGUACCCACUGUGGGAACUAUGCUAGGAGCAAAUAAACUGUUGAUUUGAAAUAGUCUUUAUUUAUGGUUUCUUCAGAGUCUUAAUCAUAGUCGUAUUUUACCAUAAUGAAUGGGCCAAUCCAGGGAUCCAAAUCAGAUUAAAUGACAAUAGAAUAUAAUAAAAGAUUUUCUAAUAAUACAGAAUGAAAAAAUACAGUUAUUCUUGCAAACAUCAAACUAGUUUGGGGUAUGGAGAGAAAGCAGGAAAGAAUAAAAAGCAGUUCUUACGGUUAUGUAAUGCUAAAUGUACCCACAUGGUUUUAUUGUUCCUUCAUGAGUUCAUAAUUAUUGCUUCAAAGUCUUGAUCAUAAAAUGUGGACACAAUGAGUUGUUCAUGUAUUUUCUAUAUGAUCUCUGAGUCUCUAGGAUUUUAAUGUUUGCAUAGCCCUAUUUUACUAAUAAAGAAUAUACUUGAAAAUGUAAUAACCUGC